CUUCAGAAACACAAAAUAAUGUUAUUAAAGGAAAAGGGAAAAGUAAAGUUGUUGCUACAGAUCCAGCAACCAGUUUGCUAGAAAAUGUUAACAGAGCAAAAGAAAUAUGGAAAGCAGAUUUAAUGAUUUUUAAAGAAAUUUUAGAAGAAAGCCUUCCUAAAGAAUAUGAAAGUAGUCUAGAUGUUUCUUCUUAUGAAGAGGAAUAUGGUGGAUACAACAUUUCAUACAAUGAUCUUCCAACAACUUACUACUAUGAUAUUUUGAAUGAUGACUCUCAAAAUUACAAGAACAAUUAUUUUUUAAUUGAAAAUGAUAUAGAAUGUGAAAACUCUUAUGAUGAAUCUUGGCUUUUAAAUGAAUCUGAUAAACAUGUUUCUUUUUUUAUGAAAGAUAUCAAUAAUUCAAUAACACCAAAAAAGUUAACCAAAGAUAUUUUCACUAUUUUGAAAUCAAAUAAAAAUGAUGAUGAAAUUCAAAAUGAGUUAGUUGAUCUUAUUGGAUUAGAAAACUUUGAUUUCAUUACAAAACUUAUGACGGAUCGUGCAAAGAUUGUUAAAAAUAUUGAAAAUGAUUCAGAUACAAUUUUAGAUUUUACUGCUAAAGAACUUUGCACAAUUAGGGAAAAUGAAUUGCGUAAUGCUAAAGAUUUGCUACCACUUCCAAGACAGCAAUUCAAUAAAUCAUCAGAAUCUUUUAAACACAUAUAUGGUAAAACACAUUCUGGUACAGUUUUAUCUGCAUUUGGAACAAAAUAUACAUUACCUGUUAGUUCUACAAAGCAUGAUUUUAAAGACUAUGAGGAGAUUAUUGUUCCUAUAACGGAACAGGCAAAACCAUUGAAAGAAGAAAAUUUGAUAGAAUUGGAUGAAUUGGAUAAUCUUUGCAGAUAUUCAUUCAAGGGUUAUAAGAGUUUAAAUCGUGUUCAGUCACUUGUUUAUCCAGUCGCAUAUAAGAAAAAUGAUAAUUUACUAAUUUGUGCUCCCACAGGCGCUGGAAAAACUGACAUUGCUAUAUUAACAAUACUACGUACUAUUCAUGAUUAUUGCAGUCCAGUUCCCUCAAUGUCACCUGAACCACAAACAUUUGAUAUUUCAAAAUCAGAUUUUAAAAUUGUUUAUAUUGCUCCAAUGAAGGCACUGGCAGCAGAAAUUGUAAAAAAAUUUAGUAGUCGUUUGGCAUGGUUAGACAUCCAAGUUAAAGAAUUCACAGGUGAUGUGCAAUUAACUAAAAUAGAGAUUGCCAAUACACAAAUAAUUGUCACUACACCUGAAAAAUGGGAUGUAGUGACAAGAAAAGGCACUGGAGAUGUUGAAUUAUCUCAGAAAGUAAGAUUGCUUAUUAUUGAUGAAGUCCAUUUAUUGCAUGAUUAUCGAGGUGCUGUUCUUGAAUGUUUAGUUGCUCGUACUCGUCGUCAAGUUGAGUCUAGUCAAUCAAUGAUUCGAAUAAUAGGUCUUUCUGCCACUUUACCAAAUUAUGUUGAUGUUGCAAAAUUUUUAGGAGUGGAUCUAAAUAAUGGUGCAGAAGGACUAUUCUAUUUUGACAGUGGAUUUAGGCCAGUGCCAUUAGAACAACAUUUUAUUGGUGUUAAAGGAAAACCUGGAACAACCAUUUCCAAUGAUAAUCUUAAUAAAGUUUGUUGGAGUAAGGUUUUAGAUACUGUAAAAGAAGGGCAUCAAGUAAUGGUUUUUGUUCAUUCUCGAAAGGACACAGUGAAAACUGCACAAUUGUUUCGUGAGUUUGCUACUUCACAAGGUUAUACAGAUUUGUUUGAUAAUACAUCUCAUCCUCAUCAUUCUUUUGUGUUAAAGGAAGUAAUGAAAUCAAAAAGCAAGGAGUUGAGAGAAUUGUUUGGUAUAAGUUUUGGUAUUCAUCAUGCUGGGAUGUUAAGAUCAGAUCGGUCAAUUACUGAGAAAUUAUUCCUUGAUGGUCAUAUCAAGGUUUUAUUUUGUACUGCAACUCUUGCUUGGGGUGUAAAUUUACCAGCUUAUACAGUAAUUAUUAAAGGAACUCAAGUUUAUGACUCAGCUAGAGGUGCAUUUGUUGAUUUACCAAUUUUGGAUGUCACGCAAAUUUUUGGUAGAGCAGGUCGACCAAAUCUUGAAACUAUGGGUGUUGGUUAUAUUCUUACUACUACAGAUAAAAUUAGUCAUUACUUGUCCUCAUUGACAGAACAAUUCCCUAUAGAAUCAAGGUAUAUAUUUAUAAAAACUUUUGACAAAAUUAAUAAAUGUACCGUGACAAAUAUUGAUGAAGGAGUACGAUGGUUAGGAUUUACUUAUCUUUUUGUAAGAAUGAAAAAAAAUCCACUUGUUUAUGGAAUGAAUUAUGAGGAAGCUUUUGAGGAUCAAGAACUUGGUAAAAGACGUAGAGAUUUGAUUGAGAAUGCAGCCAAGGUUCUUCAACGGCAUGAAAUGAUAACAUAUCAUGAAGAGACUGGAUAUUUUUCUAUUAAUGAUGUUGGUCGUACUGCAUCAAACUUUUAUAUAAGUUACCAAACUAUUGAAAUUUUUAAUCAAAUUUUGAGAGAACGCAUGUCAGAGCAUGAAAUAAUAUCUUUAAUAUGUGAAAGUAAUGAAUUUAAAGAUUUAAAAUCAAGAGAAGAAGAAGCUCCAGAAUUAGAUAAAUUACUUUUAAGUGGCUUGCCUCAUCAAAUAAAGCAAACUCCUGACUCAACACUUGGAAAAGUUAAUAUUCUACUACAAUCAUAUAUGUCAAGAAUACCAAUUGAAAGUUUUUCUUUGAUAUCUGAUUCACAUUUUGUUGUCCAAAAUGCAAGUAGAAUUGUUCGAGCUUUAUUUGAAAUAGCACUCAAUAGAAAUUGGAGUCACGUUACAUCAAUUUUGUUGGAGUUAAGUAAAUGUAUCAAUAAGAAAAUGUGGACAGACGAAACACCUUUAUUGCAAUUUGGUUUACCACAAGACAUUAUAAGGAAAUUAGAAUCAAACAAAUAUAGGCCAUCUAUAGAAAAAAUGAGAGAUAUGCAACCAAAAGAACUUGGUGAGUUAGUUCGAGAUCAUCGAAUGGGAACCAUUAUUGCAAAGUGUGUUGAUCAAUUUCCGAUUCUUAAGAUAGAUACACAUAUAGCACCAAUUACACGUAGUAUUUUAAGGAUUACAUUGAGCAUAACACCUGACUUUGUUUGGAAUGAUCGUAUUCAUGGUACAGUUGAACCAUGGUGGAUACUGGUCGAAGAUUCUGAAAAUGUAGAAUUAUAUCAUUCAGAGUAUUUUUUGUUAAGUAGAAAGCAAAAUGGUGAAACACAAAAGCUUGGUUUUAACAUUUUAGUUAAUGAACCACUACCUCCUCAGAUUUUUAUUAAAAUAGUUUCUGAUAGAUGGGUUGGUGCAAAAGCUAUACAUCCACUAACAUUAUCUAAUCUGAAAUUGCCACAAAAUAAUCAUAAGCAAACACCAUUAUUAAAUCUACCACCACUACCUGUAACAGAAUUAAAAAAUAAGGUCCUAGAGGAGAUCUGUUUAAAGAGGUUCUCGCAUUUUAAUCCAGUACAGACUCAAGUUUUUAAUGUUCUUUACAAAACACCUAAUAAUGUGUUGAUUGGUGCACCAACUGGUUCAGGUAAAACAGUUACUGCUGAACUUGCGAUGUGGAGAGCAUUUCAUGAAAUGCCAAAUUCCAAGGUAGUUUACAUAGCACCAUUAAAAGCACUUGUUCGCGAACGUGUUGAUGAUUGGCAGGCUAGAUUGACCAUACCGAUGAAGAGACGACUUGUGGAAUUAACUGGAGAUAUUACUCCAGAUUUGCAUUCUAUUGAAAAGUCGGAUAUAAUAAUUACAACUCCUGAAAAAUGGGAUGGUAUAAGUCGUAGUUGGAAAUAUCGAAGUUAUGUACAGGAUGUAUCUUUAAUUAUUAUUGAUGAAAUUCAUCUACUUGGUGGAGGCCGUGGUCCUAUAUUAGAGGUCAUUGUAUCACGCAUGAAUUAUAUAGGCUCCAAAACAGGCAAAAAAGUACGUAUUGUUGGAUUAUCUACAGCUUUAGCCAAUGCUCAAGAUCUAGCUGAUUGGUUAGAGAUCAAAGAAGAAGGACUUUUUAAUUUCAGUCAUCAAGUUCGUCCUGUUCCUUUAGAAAUUGAAAUUGAGGGAUUUUCAGGGAAACAUUAUUGUCCACGAAUGGCUACAAUGAACAAACCAGCUUUUCAAGCAAUAAUGACCCAUUCCCCAUCAAAACCUGUUAUAAUAUUUGUUUCAUCACGUCGUCAGACUCGAUUAACUGCACAAGAUCUUAUUGCUCACUGUUGUACGACUGAAAAACCGUACCAUUUUUUAAGAAUGCCAGAAGAAGAAAUACAAGCAAUCAUGUUAGAAGUUAAUGAUGAAAGUUUAAAAACGUCACUUGAGUUUGGUGUAGGUCUUCAUCAUGCUGGUUUAACUGAAGGUGACAGAAAAAUCGUUGAGGAACUUUUUCUUCAUCAAAAGAUUCAGGUGUUAGUUGCUACAAGCACAUUGGCUUGGGGCGUUAAUUUGCCAGCUCACUUGGUAAUAAUCAAAGGCACAGAAUUUUAUGAUGCAAAAUCAAAAGGUUAUGUAGAUUUCCCUAUAACAGAUGUGCUUCAAAUGAUGGGAAGAGCUGGUCGUCCACAAUUUGAUACAAGUGGUACUGCUUGCAUAUUUGUUCAAGAUUCAAAAAAGGAUUUCUAUAAAAAAUUUUUAUAUGAGCCAUUUCCAGUAGAAUCCAGUUUGCAUUUGCAACAUGAAGAUCAUUUUAAUGCUGAAAUAGUUUCUGGAUCAAUCAAAUGUUUGCAAGAUGCUAUAACAUAUCUCAAAUGCACUUAUUUGUACCGUAGAUUGCAACAAAAUCCUUCAUAUUAUAAUUUAUCUGGCGAUUCUUCUGUAGAAAUAGACACAUUUUUGUUUCAAUUAUUCAAAGAUGCUGUUGAUAAACUUGAGGUUUCAGGCAAAAUCGCUUCACAAUAUUAUCUUUCACAUAAGACUAUAAAUAUUUUUCAUGAUAAAUUAAAAAACAAUUGUACUGUAAAAGAUAUUCUAAGUAUUCUGUGUAAUUCUGAGGAGUAUUCGGAAUUACCAGUUAGACACAAUGAGGAUUUGCAAAACCAGGAAUUAGAAAAAGAACUUCCUUGGUCUGUUGAUGUUGAUCAUCAAUAUGAUAACCCGCAUGCAAAGGCUUUCCUUUUACUCCAAGCCCAUCUUGUCAGAACAAAAUUACCAAUGGCUGAUUAUUUGACAGAUACUCUAUCAGUUUUAGAUCAGGCAAUUAGGAUUCUACAGGCCAUGAUUACUUUUUGUGAAGGAAAAAAUUUUCUGGCAACUUGUCUAAAUGUUACAACAGUGAUUCAAUGUUUAAAACAAGCUUGUUGGCCUGAUUAUUCAUCAUUGUUAACUUUACCAGCAAUCACAAAAAAUAUGUUAAGUUCAAUAUUAAAUGAAAAGGGUCAUGUUAUAAAUUGUCUUGGUGAAUUGACAAACAUUUCUGAGGAUGUAGAAUAUUUGAUUGAAAAAUCCAAUGAUUCGAUAAUAGCAAAUGAAGAAUUUACUUUUAUAGUUUCCCUAAUAAGGACUAACAAUAAUUCGAAUUAUGAUGGAAAGGUCUAUGCGCCACACUUUCCAAAACAGCAGUAUGAGUCAUGGUAUUUAAUAAUAGGUGAACCUUCUACUGAUAAGAUUGUUUCUAUGAAAAGAAUAAACAAUAUGCGUAAUGAUGUUUCAGGAGAUAGACAUAAAGUACAAAUGAAGUUGACUGCGCCAGAAAAGGAAGGAAAAUAUAUAUACACUAUUUUUUUGAUCAGUGAUGGUUAUAUGGGGAUUGACCAGCAGUAUAAUGUGGAAAUAACG